AUGAAGACGCCAGCGAUCGAUCGAGACGUCACGGCGCCGUGCCCUGGAUUCCUCCUGCACCAAACACGCGCGUCCGUGCCCAUGUCCAGCAGCCAGUAUCGUAAACAGCAGCUCGCCAGCAGCUCCUCGGACCGUCUGCGCAGCUUGGACGACUACCGACGACCCCAUCAGCCUACAACAGCGUCCGCUUCGGCAGCUCCUGCAGCGCUGCCUCGUCGGUAUCUUGGACCUCUUGAGAGCCUCCGCACGGCUCUCAGCAGCUCGAGCAAUGGCAACGCAGGUGCAGCUGCUGCCGGUGGAGGCCACGAAGUGAUUUUGAGCGGAGCGCUGACAAAACGCGGUCACUUUUUCAAAGCGUGGCUGCCUCGCCAUUUGGUGCUGUCACGAGGAGCUCUUCAAGUGUACAGGAAGAAUCCGUACGCAGGUAAUGGACUGCGACGUCAGGUGAAGGACGUGGCGCAGCUGGAGAAGAAGUUGCUCAAGAUGGAGGUCGAUCGGACCGAUGCUAUUCGAGUGGAAGGCACGGACGCGUUUAAACACCACCCGUACUGCUUUGUGCUGGUCGUCCGGAAACGGACGUCGCGACGGGUCGGACUUCUGGAAAAAAUGAGCAACUGCAGCAGCAAUCUGAGCAGUAGCAAUAACAGCAAUGACGGCGUGACGAGGAACUCGGUUCCGUGUCGCCCCACGGGCGGCAUUUGCUUUCAACAGCGCAUCGAGAGUAAUUUGCACUCGAGGCUUUGGACAGACGACGGACCUGUGGUACUGUAUUAUUUGCAGGCCAGCAAAGAAGCAGAGCGACAGCGGUGGAUUCGGGCACUGCAGCGCUGGAUAGAAGGCGAGUGCCCGACCAAGCUUGGACGUGGGAUUCUCAACUACAUUGUGAACAAUGAGUACAGCAAUUAUCGCUACGGUCGGAAAGUCGUGGCAAGUGCGUCGCCAUCGAGGGCAGUGGGACUUGUUGGAGACGUCGGAUCGGUAAGUUGUGCGACGACGGCCUUGUCGCCAGCCUCGCAGGCUGGAUGUACGGUCGAGCAGGAUUUCCCCGUGCUCGCGAAUUUGAUUCGUGAUUUUUACGACUGCAAAAGGGAGGACGAGAUGAUUUACAUCCUGGACCAAGUGCUAGGUGAAGUGCAGGACGGAGCGAAUACCGGACACAUAAAGAAGCUGAUUGCCACGGCGGGAAAAGUGAAAUUGGAGCAGUCGGAAGUCAUUUGGACGACCCACGUGAAGACGGCUUAUGCUAAUAUCAUGAAAGUGCUGCAGACGGCUCCGGUAGGUCCAGAGCCAAGUAGCCAGACACCGGCACCGCGAGCCCCCAACGGCGCGCGUCAGAUUUCAGGUGGCAGCGUCGACUUGAGUGAAAGCAGCCGCUCGCUGAACACGACGGAAAUGACGUCGUUUCACCGUUUUUACAAGCUUGGACGAAAGCUUGGUUCUGGCGCAUUCUCGGUUGUGCAUAUUGCGACUCACCGCGAGACGCGGAAGCAGGUUGCCGUCAAGUGCAUUGCUAAGGCGAAGAUGGGUCAUCUGGACGUGCACUCGUUGAAUCAGGAGGUGGAGGUGCUGUCGAGUCUCAACCACCCGAACAUUGUGCCGUUGUUGGACUAUUUUGAGGAAGACCGAUACUACUAUAUCGUGACUCCGCUUUGUACUGGUGGCGAGCUGUUCGACGACUUAGUGAAGCGGAAGAGUUACACGGAGGAGGAUGCGCGUGUGCUCAUGCGUAAGCUCGCUAGUGCCAUCGACUAUCUUCACUCGCGUGGUAUCGUGCAUCGUGAUCUCAAGCCUGAAAACAUCUUGCUGAAGACAUCAGCACCUGGUGCUGAAGUGAUGAUUGCUGACUUCGGCUUUGCUAAACCCAUGAACGGCUCGCGUCGAGGUACUGCCUGUGGCACGCCGGGUUAUGUCGCCCCUGAAGUGGUGCAAGGUGAGCCGUAUGGAGCUGAAGUGGACUGUUGGAGCCUUGGCGUUAUCCUGUUCAUUCUGCUGUGUGGGUACCCUCCGUUUCCUGGUGCCAACCAUGCGAUGGUGCUUAACAAGGUCGUGAAGGCUGAGUACGAGUUUGAGUCACCUUAUUGGGACAAGGUUUCUGAUGAGGCCAAGGACUUAGUAUCAGAGCUGCUGUCAGUGGAUCGCACCAAGCGGCUCGAUGCGCUGGGCAUUUUGACACACCCAUGGAUGGAUGAGACUCGUCCGUCUACCAUUAGCUGUACUGAUGGCAGCGAGCCCAGGAAGGGAAUAUCGCGCAAAUGUUCGAACUUGUUGCCGGCGCUGCAGCAGAUGCGCAAGCACAGUCUGACCCACGGCAGCCCCAAGAUCCGUCCUUCGGACAUGAACGUGGACGACGUUGAGCUGGAUGAGCUGACGAUGAACAGCGACAAGGAAAUGCUUGAGCGCGAACUUGCAGACAUGAGCAAUUUUUGA